AUGUUUCUAAUAGGCUAUAACAGCAUGCAUUUGAUGUACACACUCGACGCUGAGGGCAAGCGAGUCUAUACCCUCAAGAAAGUGCUUAACGGCCAGGUCACCAAAUCCGCGCACCCUGCUAGAUUCUCUCCAGAUGACAAGUACUCGAGACAACGAGUUACCUUGAAGAAGCGAUAUGGGCUACUUCUGACCCAGCAACCUGGUACGUUGGAGCCAAAAAUCAACCCAGAACGUCCCUCACUCGCCGAUUGA